AUGCGCGUGUCCUGGCGUGAAUGGCUGUUCGUACUGGCAUUGCUGGACGCACCCCUGGAAUGCCGUGGCGAUGAAGACUCCAAUGAUGAAACAUCGCCUCCACCUCCCACACGCGUCGCAUCUUUCAUGGUAAUUGGUGACUGGGGGUGGGAUCCUCAAGCACACGGCAAUGUGCAAACCAGGGGCUGUCAGAACAUGAUCGCCACCCGGAUGCACGAGGAGUUCCUCUACCUUGGCGACGUUAAGUUUGUCGUGAACGUUGGUGACUCAUUUUACCCAGGAGGUGUCCGAAGCAAAGACGACGAACAAUGGCACAGCAAGUGGCGCAAUGUCUACUCGCCAGAGGUGCGAAGCGUUCCGUGGUACAGUGUCUAUGGCAAUCACGACAUGCUCUUUGAUCCGGGUUCCUGUAGCAGCGCAGAGGAGGAUGCAGCCCAGAUCAAUUAUAACGUUGCAGACCUGGACCACUUCUUCAUGCCCGGCUACUCGUGGUACUUGCAGCAUGAAGACUUGGACUUGGAAGUGUUGGCUCUAGACCUGAAUUCGCUCUGGGUUGACCACACCUGCAGGCACACGCCUUGCGAAGCUACCUGUAAAGAGAAGGUCGAAGAGCGGGCACAGGCGGCUCUAAAGCUUUUCUACGAGAGGAUGGAGCAGAGCAAUGCCUCCAACAUGGUCGUUUUCUCACAUUACCCCACGGACUAUUUCUGGGGCCAUCCAGAAGUGAUUGGGAAUCUGACCAAUGGAACUCGACCGGAAGGACUUGACAGGCACGUGGAAUACUUCGCAGGGCAUCGGCACAACGUCGACCAGGUAUCCCGUGUCAUGAACUCAUGGUGGGACCAAGUCCAUUCUAACGUCGAUGGCGAAGAUGCCGAGAGGAUUAGCUGCAUGUUCGACGAGCAGGCUUACAUGAUUAGGACCGUGAAAGCAUUGACCUUGGCAACCAGCUACCUUUCGCGUCUGGGCGACAGCUUGUCGGUUAUUGUUGAAGGAAAAGACUUUGCACCACUCGAGAUGCCGUACUUAAAUGUAGAUUUCUUCGGGAGUUUGUGCACAGAGAACGCGGUGGCGCUGGCCGCUUCAAGCCACAAGUGCGUCAAUUCCCCUGGCAACUGGGCAAUCAAGUUGAAUGGCAACGACGGUGGGGAUGAGGUGCAGAGUGCCAUGCUCGAAGGAUUUGCCAAACAACCGGAUCGUUUUGUUGGCCUCACCGUCCACUCAAGUUACACUGACUUCCAGGCCUACUUCCACAAUGCCGGUAUGCAUGACUGUCCUCGGCCAUGCUUCCCCCGUGAGGAAAAGUGCGUCAAGUUCUCUCCAGAAUACCCAGGCAUUGCCAAAGUAAACUGGGCCCGUAACGUGGGCAUGGACAAGCACCCGGAGUGGUACCCUGAGCUGUCCACAAAGUCUACGGACAAGGAGAUUGCAAAAGCACUGUACAUGCAUGGGAUCGAUGGCUGCCCUCGAAUAUGCGAGGACGACGAGGACGAAGGUCAUUUUGAGCCUUUCUCCGAGGGCAUUCAGAUGGCAAAGUCGGAGGAUUGGAUGGCUGUGGCAACCUCAACCCCAACCUCGACUCUGCCAGAUCUUCAGAGACACCGGGAGCCCAUGUGGCCAUCUGAGGAGGCAAAAGCCACGGCAGCCCCCACCGUUGCCCCCACAGAGCCGCCAACCCCUGCGCCCAUGACUGAGCCCGCGACCAAGGCCACCACUGUAGCCACCACUGAGGCCAUUACUACUGCCCCCCCCACAACCACUGUACCCCCAACAACCACCCCACCCCCUACCAAGAAGACCACCGAUGAGGCAGGUUUCAUCGUGGAUGCGCCGCUGCCAGCCAUUCCGUCCGGCUCCCAUGAGGGUGAGGUGAUCGAACCCCAGACCAGCCCAGUGCAGGAACCCGACCCAUCAAAAGUGCCUGCAGUCAAGGAGCCCAGCAUUCAGAAGGACUGUACGAGAGCCGGCCGCAGUUUUUCCUUGCUGGACUGCUUGAACCACCUUCCGACGAUCAUGCCUAGCAGUGCAUCUUGCCAGGACCACUGUGCGAAGCAGGAGUACGCCGCAUACUUUCUGUACCACGUGCCCCUGUCUCUGUGCCACUGUCCUCCCGAUGGAGCCGAACCGGUGGAGGACAUGGGUGCGGACUUCAUUGGGGGCGACCUGAGCUGCACAUCAAAUCAGGACUACGUGAAAAGGAAUGAUGCCGAUGUCCCUGCGUUUGGGACCGUGCCAAGAUCUGCUCUCGCUGUAAGCGGCAAUGUCUUGGCAGCGGCGCUCGUUGCAGCCCUCAUCACUGGGAUUGCCGUGGCAUCCCGCUUCGGGACGCGUCUCGUCAGCCAGCUGGGCUUUUGGACCGCUACGAAGAUGCUGCAGCCUAGCAUCAGGCUGCCUGACCUUGCAGAAGAUAUCGGCUAUCAGGCAAUGCAUUCUGGCCAAGUUUUCGUGAAGGUACGUUGGACUGGCUCGAUGCGGCCGGCCUGUGAGCCGGCAGCUGUCGGUGUCGGGUCCGCGGCAGACGCUCAGGAGAUGGCGCAGGGAUCUGAAGUGAAGAGCCUAGUGGGCCCAGUUCUGUGCCAGAACCUGCGCAACAGUCGUGACGAGCUUAUCUCUCUCGUUUGUUCGCACACGCAGAACAGCUCAGAUUUCUGCCAGAAGCGCAAGAGCGACGAGGCGAUGACGCUCUGCGGCCUGAGGACAGCAGUCUGCAACGUGACCGAGGCCACCCCCCUGGGUAGGCGGAGCCGUAGCCUCGAUCGCAAGGAGGCCAAAGGGCCACCGGAGGACACCAAAAAAGAGGAAAAGACAGACAAUGCAGAAGCAUCCGCCAAGCCAAAGGAGGAGAAAGUCAACGAGGAUAAGAAGGAAGAGAAGGACACUGCGAAGACUGACAAGGAGAAGGCCAAGAAGGGCGAAGCCCAAGACGCUGCUGCACCAGUCGAAGACGAGGUCACGAUCUGGGACACCUUUGUCAAGGGCUUGACGUCCGCCCCAGUGAUGAUCAUGACAGUCGCAGUGAUGCUCGGACUUUGGCAGAAUCGCAAUGAUCCGAAUCAAAGCUGGGGCCUCUACCUUUUUCCGGUUGUUCUUUUACUUGGCCUGGCGAUUGGCGCCAUCCUUGUGGCGAAGAUCGAGAACGCCGAAUGGCGUAGGAACUUGCGCAAGGAGGUGGCCUCCAUGGAGCGAGAGCAGAUGAAGAAGCAAGGUCCACGGUUUUUUUCACAUAUUGUCGAGAUCUUUACCCCGCCGUUGGCUCAGUUACCGGCGAAGCCGACGGAGCCGCUCUCGGCGGCGGAGCCGCUCCGGUCAGCGCCGGUCGUUUCACAGGCCGACGCGAUGACAGACGUGAUCAUCAUCGCGAUCAUCACCGAGACGAUCGACGCGACGACCGGCAGGGACGAUCGCAGGGACAACGGCAGAGAUGAGUGGGAUGACCGAAGGGCCGUGAAGGACGAUCAGCGAGAUCGGGGAAAGCAUGGCCGAGAUGACAAUAAUGAUGGAGCUGGAGAUGCGAAGGAAGCCAGGCCAUCCUGGCAAGAAGAUGCCGUGCCAGAGGCCAAGCCCCCCAAGGGUGGUGGCAAAGGAUCCAAAGUGGGUAAAGGAGGCCGCAAGGGCCUGCGAGAUGUUCAGCUCCCUGACGCGGCAUCGCCGCGAGCAAAGGAGCCCAAGCGGCCCCGAAUGGACAAUCUGCAGCAGGACUUUGGUGCCCUCAUGGCAUUUUCAUCGGCCAUGUUGGGCCAACCUUUCCAGCCCCCACCUGAACAAGGCCUCCCAGGCAUGAUGAUGGGCAUGCCAGCUCAGGAAGCAAUCGAGGAUGCAAAGCCGCCAGAACCGGCCGAGCCAGAAGUCGUGCCCAUGCCGCAAGACUUGCAAAAGCAGUCAGUUGACAUCAUCAGCGAGAUGCGUGCUCUUCUUCAGGAAGGAGAAAAACUCAAUCAAGAGUUCGAAGAGCAGAAGGACAAGGAGGAGCGUCAGCAGAAGCUGCAAGAGGUGCAGCAGCACCUGGCUCUUCCUGUUCCACCUCCUCCAGAGCUUCUGGCCCUGCCACCGCCCCCACCGCCUGUGGAAGGUGGCCCAGAGGCUGUACGGAGCGAGAUGCCAAAGCAGGAUGGCGAGCUUCAGCAGCAUGUGGAAGAGGUCCAGGCGGAGCCUGCAAAAGAGCAGCCUCACACGGAGGCGCCUCCAGUACAGGAACCCUUGAAAGAGGAAGCUCCGAAAGCAGAGCCUCCAAAGGAGGAGCCUCCAAGAGAGGAGGCUCAAAAAGAUGAUCAUCCAAAGAAAGAGCUUAAAAAGCAUGAUCACCAAGCAGAAGAACCUUCGAAAACGGCGACUUCAGAACAAGACGCUCACAAGGAAGUGCAAUCCGAAGAGCAGUCGAUCAAAGAGCAGCGUUCAAAAGAUGAGGGCGACAAAGCCACGGAGGAUCAGGCCCUGGUUGCCGUGGCCGACACACAGGAAGCCGCUGAGCCUCAGAAGGAGGGGGUGGAAGCGGCGCUGGACAAGGUCGAUGCGGUGCUGGAGAGGGCUGACGCGGUCGUGGACGUUGGGAAGGUUGCACAAACCUUGCCAGCGCAGGGGCACGAGCUUGCAACGCCGCCUGCACAAGCAGUCACUGUUGUCAGGUAUUGGAUCAAUGGUUUCCGCAACCCUGACCUCAAUGGCGUCUACGAACUCGAGAAAGAGGCCUACGUCAGUGGCAGGCAAACAUAUUGGAAGGGGCUCGGAAAGGCCAGCAGCUAUGAGCAGGUCGUUUUCAUGUUCUUCUACGAGCAAGGGCAAAGGUGGCAGCUGUGUCCUGCAUAUGAUCUCUCGCCUUAUGGCCAGCCCAUCGAGAACAUGUUCCCGCUCGUCCAGGCCGGUGACGGCAGAGGUCUGGCCUACAGCACCUCUGAGGAGAAGGUUUGGCGAGAGUGGGUGGAUGGAUCAUGGCAGCUUGCAGAUCUUCACAUCAGCUGCGAUGAGGGAUCUGGCAAUUUCGACAAAGCGAUUGAGCCACACCAGGACGUAGCCAAUCCCGUCAUGCCUGCCACACCCAACGUUCAAGCCAUGCCUGGCACGCCCGGCCAGCCAUACCUGGCACGCCUGGACUUCCGCCGAUGCCGAACGUGUGCCGGGUACUCCUGGUCUGCCGACGUUUCAGGAGAUGCACCAGCCGAAGUAUGGGCAGCCAUUCGGUAUGCAGCCGUGCAGCAGACCGUGGAUCCUGGGCAGUAUCUCGUACCUGAACAUGCACGGCCAAAGGAGCAAAAGAGCCGUCUGAUACGGCAGUAUGACAAGCCGAGCUAUGAGGUACGAGAAGCGCCUGUUGAGGAGAAAUGGAGCAACAAGGAAUCGGUGCGAGGAGUCAAUGAAUGGAGCAAAGGGUCGGGCAAGGGGCAGAAGGAAGUUGUGGAAGCUGGUGAGUGGGCAGGUAUCAACAAAGAUGGAGCAAAGUCUAGAGCUGCAGAGGCAGAAAGCAAAGACCUCGACGCGGAUGAAGCUGAAAGGGCUGGGAAGACCACCAGCGCUAAAGAGAAGAAGGGAAAGAAGGAGAAGAAGGAAAAGAAGGAUAAGAAGGAGAAGAAGGCCAAGUCCGUGAAGACUGGAGAGGAGGAGGAAGGAAAGAGCGAUGAUGAAGGUGAAGAGGAGCAGCCAGAGCCAAAGGCGAAAGCCAAAGCAAAGGCAAAGGCCAAAGCAAAGUCUGAGCCGAAAGCAAAGGCCAAGACCAAAGCCAAAGCUAAGGCGAAGCAGAAGAGCCGAGGCCGGCGCCAUGUGCUGACAGCGACUAACAUUGACUAA